CAUUCGUUGUAACUCAGAAAUACAAAGUUCUCACUUGGACUGACUAUUGACCUACGAAGGCUACAAAUUUACAUGCAGGGAGCUUUUAGAUCCGUGUGUUUAAAACAUCCUCCAAUUACUAAUAUAAGUAACUACAGUCAAAGAGGAAACUCUCAAUAAGCUAACAGCUCUUUGCACGCACGGAUAGAAAGUAACGGGGAGUGUGACUCUGACACAUCGUUCAUGUUUCCGUUUAACGGCACCGAAUAAUUCAAACUCCUCGGACGACGUCAGGAAGCGCGUUUGUCCGGGUGGAAGCUAGGAUUUCCACACGCAGAGACUGGACCUUUGAACGCAGCGCAGCUGUCAUGGCCGACGUUCGUGGCUUGUGAGACGCUCUCCACGACUCCUCAUGGAUCAGAUCACUUUUCAGUUUGACAUGGUUCUGUCAGACGUUCACAUGCACCUGCCCAAUGCAGGGAGCCUCAUGACAAGGGUGGACACUGUCGGCCAGCCAGUCUUUAUGUCCAGAUUCCAGAUCCUGCUAGAAGACCACGACACCAAUGAUCCUAGGAAAACAUUAGAAGGAGAAGAAAACCAUCCACAGAAAGACUCUAAACCCACGAACAGACACGAUGAGAAGGAAAAUGAUAAGGAGCCAAAGUUGGAUGAGGAUGGAGACCUGGACCUCACUGAGCGUCCUUGUAAAGACCCUAAAGAAGACUGUGGGAGGGACCUGGUUUGUCCUGUCAUUCUCAAACAGUCCAUCCCUAACCUUCAGCAGGAGCAACAGAACCUGGAUGAAGAAGAAGGUUGUGUUUUUAAAAAUGUCUUAAAGAUCGAGCACACCAUGGCGACACCUUUAGAAGAGGUUGGCAAACAAGUGUGGCGAGGAGCACUCUUUUUGGGUGAUUUUAUCCUGUCCCACCCGGACUUGUUCAGAGGGGCCACAAUCCUCGACCUAGGAGCUGGGACGGGCUUAACCAGCAUUGUUAUGGCAACGACUGCCAGAACAGUUUACUGCACAGAUGUGGGUGAAGAUGUUCUCAGCUUGUGCAAAAGAAAUGUUUCUUUAAAUAAGCUUUUUAUGGAAACUUCAGGGGGUGAGGUGAGAGUGAGGCAGCUCAACUGGCUGCAGCAUGACUUCUGCACAGAUCCUGAAGUGGAGUUCAGUUGGACUGAAGAGGAAGUAGCUGACCUUUAUGAUAACACCAGCUUCAUCAUAGCUGCUGAUGUUUGCUACGACAGUCAUCUGACUGAAGGGCUUUUCCGAACUCUGAACCACCUCUGCAACCACUUUUCCCGCCCCUGCACCAUAUUCAUCUCCAUAGAGAAGAGGCUUAACUUCUCUCUCCGGCACAUGGACGUGUGCUGUGAAGCCUACACUCAUUUCCUCUGCUGCCUGCAGAGGCUGCAGCAGAUGGAGGACCAUCGCUGCUGCUUCACAUUUCAACAGCUCACUUCCAACUUUGCUCAGGUUCUUCUCUAUGAGCGGGUUGAGCAACUGGAGUUGUGGAAGCUGACCUGCACUCCCCUGUCAGAGAAAACAGAUCCUCACCUCCCUUCAACUUCUGCUGCCAACACUGCCGAGUCUCUCUCGUGUACAUGCAGACAUGCACUUGUCUCAGGGCCUGGGUCAGGGAGCCUGAGCCUUUCUAUCCCUGAUGAACCCUUGUAGCAGUUCUGAUGUUUUUAUUUUAUCUCAACUUUUUUGGGUGAGGGGGAGGAGUUUAGCAUAUAUGCUCACCUGAAAAUACAAAAAUAGCUUAUUCACUUUUGUCUGGCUCUUAUAAUUACUGAUGCAAUAAAAAACGGUUAACCAAACCUG